AUGGCGUUGUCGUUUCGGUUCAGGGAAAAUGAUUGUGGAAUAUCUGUCGUCGUUGGCGACGACCUCCUGGGCUUUGAUGCUUUCAUCAAAGGCCCAGCAGGUACCCCUUAUGAAGGAGGCACGUUCAAAGUGCGCAUAAACAUACCUGCAGAAUACCCCAUGCAACCACCAGUAGCCACAUUCAAAACUGAAAUAUGGCACCCAAACAUUUCGUCUAUGUCAGGCUACGUUUGUUUGGACACUCUGGGCAGCAAAUGGGUGGGAUGUAUGAACUUCAGGGCAGUCCUGUUAUCACUUCAGAAUUUGCUGAUGAAUCCGGAGCCUGCCGACCCUCAGGAUGCAGUUGUAGGCGGUCAGGCCCAGCGGGAUUUGAGGGAUACCGCUGAAAUGUGGACGCACAUCUUUGCUGGAGGUUGUUUUGUUUUCUUGUUUAUAAUUCAUUGCUUAAUUUUGCUUAACCUGGUUACUUUUAUCUAAUGCUCAGCUUUAUUUUAGGACGCAAGUUCAAGGAGAGU